AUGGUGCCCGUCUGGAUGGUGCCGCCGCCGCCGCCGCUCGCUCCGCACAACAAGUUACCAGCCCUUCGGAAAGGAGGAAGGAGGUUCCUGCGUCAGGGUUGUGUGAGUGUGCGUUCGAGUGUGAGCGUGAGUGGCCGUGGCCGCCGCUGCCACCCGGAGUGCUCCCGGGGCUCGGCUGCUCCGCGCGUCCGCCCGGGGCUCACGGGGGCCCGGGGCGGCCGCUGGUUGGCUCGCGCGCCGCCCUCGCCUCCAAUCCCCGGUGCCUGCCCUAAUUUCCUGAUCCAGGGAACCUGCCGCCGCAGCAGCUGUGCGCUCCCUACAGUCAUUACUGUACCUUCCCGGCAGCCGCCAACCGUAAAUGCAGCAGCAGCAGCAGCAGCAGCAGCAGCAGCAGUGGCAGCAGCAGCAGUUAGCACUGAUGCAACUACUGAGGCUAUUGCCACCGCCUUCCCAGUAACGCGGCUUACAGCCCGGAGGGGGGGACUUGCAGUUUCCAGGGGCAACAAGCGUCUCUCUACCACCUUCUCCUGCGCCUCAAAGAGGGCUGGUCCUGUGAGGCUGGAAAGGUACAGUCUUGACAAGGAACAAAUGACGUCUGUAUAUGAAGAAAUGACAGACGACCAUGUGUUAAGUGUCAGCCUUGAUGGAUUUACACAAGAAGGCCAAAGCAACUCAAGGAAGGGAGACACCCCCUGGAAUCCUCAGGACCUUUUGGUGGAGCAGGAAGCUUUGGUUCAUGCACCUGAAAAGCUGACCCGGAAGUUAUGCUUAGAGAAGAAAAAGAGGGAAGAGCCUCUUAGGUAACUUGAAGAGCAUCAAGGAUCCAAUGAUAAAAACCACUGCCCUGAAGUGACGUGUGCUACUUUCAGCUGAGGAUUCAACUGCUGACAUGACACCCUCGAGAUCUCUCUUUUUGUCCUCUGCCAUCACAUCCCGAAAUUCUCCAGAGUGGAUGCUUCAUCAGCGUGGGUUUGGAGCUAAGAUGAUGAUGAUACUGAGAAGAGCCUGGGGCAGACUCACUAUGAAAAAUAAACUUUUAUUGUUUUAAGCCACUGAAGAAAACAGAAAACACUGCCCUGAACUUUCCAAGGUGUAAUAAAUCUCUCUGCAUAAGACUCUGCAGUCGUUGCCAAGACCAUCUCUCUACCAGCCUUUCAGUGGCUCAGCACUUUGUUGCAAUGCAUGAGCGAAGCUGGAAAGCAGAGCCAAGUGACAAACUGUGAAGCAACAGCUCAGCCUCACAGAGCAAGUGCACUUUGUGCUCUUUCUGGCCAGGGCAGAUGUGGCCUUGAUGGGCCGUGAGGAACAGUAUCUCUCAGGUAAAAAUAAGUUACUAAGAUUAACACCAAAAUGAUGUAAAUC